CCGCAGCCCUCUCUCUCGAUCCGCCGCCGCGCCCCCUUCUCCCCCCCGCCCCACAGUCGUCGCUGCCGUCCGCAGCACUCCGCCACUCGCAGCGCCUGAAGUCUUAUUUGCCUCUCCCUCUCUCAUCUCUCACUUGUGACUCUCUAAGCCGCCGCUCUCUCUCUGUCUCUGUCUCUCUCUCUGUUAUAGCCGCCGCGCCUCACCUCGCCGUCACCGUCUUGAGCAGGACUCCGACACUAGCAGUGCCGCUCGCUGUUCUUCCCUCCAGUUGAUUCGCAGCUCAAAAUAUACAAUAUAUUGGAGGUUCCUUAUGUUCAAUCUUAGCCUAAUUGAGCACACAUUUCGGUUACCUCCUCAUCUGCUCAGCCUAUCCCUAGAUAAAGCUAUUAGACAUGAGCUUGAGAAACUUUUCUUAGAUAAGGUUAUUGCAAAUUUGGGCCUUUGCGUUUCUGUCUAUGAUAUCAGAAGAAUUGAUGGUGGCUUUAUCUUUCCAGGAGAUGGUGCACCUACUUACACGGUGGAAUGCAGACUGCUGGUGUUCCGUCCAUUCGUUGGGGAAAUAAUUGAUGCAAAACUCAAAGAAUUUGAUAAAGAUGGUUUGCGCUUAUCUAUGGGAUUUUUUGAUGACAUUUACAUACCCUUUCAUCUCUUGCCACAUCCAUCCCGUUUUGAGCCUGACUUAGAAAAUGGGAAUCGGUUUAGAUGGAUCUGGGAGUAUCGUGAGGCAAAUGGGGAGAACGAAGCUGAUCAGGCAUCAGGCACAGUUUAUCCUAUUGAUGAGAUUGGCGAGACUAUCAGAUUCAGAGUUCAGAGUGUAAAUUAUCCUUCAAUUCCACUGGAGCAACCAAAAGAUUCUAAGCCAUUUGCUCCUAUGGUGAUUACUGGAUCGCUUGAUAAUGAUGGUUUGGGUCCAAUUUCAUGGUGGGAAUGAUAUGUGUCUUGGUAGGUAAAGCGGAUCUGUCAAUAACACGAUUGAUUGUGUCCAGAAACAGAAAGGUUACUUAGCUAUAGCAUCUCCUGUAUAUGUUUCAUUUGUUUAUUAUUUGUAUUAAAUGCCAUCUCAAUUGAGGUCAUACUUGCUAAAGUCUUAUCAGUCUUCCAUUUUGGUGGUCACAGGCACCUUCUGGUGUAAUGACAUGGAGCAGUGACUUAGGGCCAAGUAUCUGUGUCUUGUCAGUAAUGACAGGAGAUAAACUAUAGGAGGAAUGCUGUAGUUAAUAUAUAGGCCACCAUCCGACUUGGCAAUGUAUAUUUCGUGUCCUGGGUUGAA